GGAGAAGGAAGAAAGGGAUGGAAAAUAUUGUGUGUGCAGGGAUGCAUUUGUUAUCUGCAUGUCCGGGGAGCACUGGGCUGGGGAAGGGCAGGGUUUGUUUCUGCAUGUGAAAACUGAGGUUUGGGAAUGUUCUUUUCCCCUUAUGUGAAGAUUAUUCUUUAGCCCUGCAAGGGCCACAACUUUUUCUGUGUGGCUGACAGAAUUACCCGACGAGCCUGGGCAGGAGGCUGGGAACAAGGAACUUGUGUUUCACUCCGUGCUGCCUGUUCUUCCUCCCCUCGUUCCCUUAGCACCAGUGCAAGCACCAGAACAAGCAUCAGCAUUUUUACUCCUGUGUCAUCCCACUGUUCCGAGCAGGUCUAGACGACAUUGUGGUAUGCAGGCUGCCAGCUGGGUUACAGGAAUGCUACCCUAGGUGAAACAGCAGGAUUUUUAAGGAGUGUCAAGCCUUGAAAAAACAAGGUUGGAAAACUUGAUCUGAGCAGCACCUCCCUGACAUAUGAUACUAUCUCCAAACAGCCCCUGACAAGUGAACCCUCUCAUUGAAAUCAUAAUGGUGAAUAACACUGAAGACCCUCAAGAGGCUUUGUAGCGUCCCAUCCUCAUGUAAAGUAUGCUCAGAACUUUUCCAGUAGUCCUGCUGGAAACCAUGUCUCACUACACAGACGAGCCAAGAUUCACCAUAGAACAAAUCGACCUCCUGCAGCGCCUGAGACGCACGGGAAUGACCAGGCACGAGAUCCUGCACGCCCUGGAAACCUUGGACCGUCUGGACCAAGAGCACAGCGACAAAUUCGGGAGGAGAUCAGGCUACGGAGGAGGCUCCUACAGCAACAGCACCAACAAUGUGCCGGCAUCGUCCUCCACGGCCACGGCUUCGACACAGACGCAGCACUCCGGGAUGUCACCGUCCCCGAGCAACAGUUACGACACCUCCCCACAGCCUUGCACUACGAACCAGAACGGGAGGGAGAGUAACGAGAGGUUGUCUGCUUUCAACGGGAAGAUGUCACCCACCCGCUACCCCCUGGCAAACAGCAUGGCCCAGAGGUCCUACAGCUUCGAGGCUUCCGAGGAGGAUCUGGACAUCGAUGACAAAGUGGAGGAGCUGAUGAGGAGGGACAGCAGUGUGAUAAAGGAGGAAAUCAAAGCCUUCCUCGCCAACCGGAGAAUUUCCCAAGCAGUUGUUGCACAGGUAACAGGUAUCAGUCAGAGCCGGAUCUCCCAUUGGCUGUUGCAGCAGGGGUCAGACCUGAGUGAACAGAAGAAAAGGGCAUUUUACAGAUGGUACCAGCUUGAGAAGACAAAUCCUGGGGCUACACUAAGCAUGAGACCUGCUCCCAUGCCAAUAGAAGAGCCAGAAUGGAGACAGACACCUCCCCCAGUCACAGCUACCUCUGGGACCUUCAGACUACGGCGAGGCAGUCGGUUCACGUGGAGAAAGGAGUGCCUGGCUGUUAUGGAGAGUUACUUCAAUGAGAAUCAAUAUCCCGACGAGGCAAAGAGAGAAGAAAUUGCCAACGCCUGUAAUGCAGUUAUACAAAAACCAGGAAAAAAAUUAUCGGAUUUGGAGCGAGUUACCUCCCUCAAAGUGUACAACUGGUUUGCCAACAGGAGGAAGGAGAUCAAGAGAAGAGCCAAUAUUGAAGCAGCAAUCCUGGAGAGCCAUGGAAUAGAUGUACAGAGUCCAGGGGGUCAUUCCAACAGCGACGACGUGGACGGCAACGACUACUCAGAGCAGGACACUUGGCAAGUACGCAACGGGGAGGAGGAGGGACGAUGUUCCGAGGGAGGCAGAGAAGCAGAGAAGGUAGAAGAAGACAGGAGGAUCUGCUCCAAACAAGAUGACAGCACUAGCCACAGUGACCACCAAGACCCCAUUUCUUUAGCUGUGGAGAUGGCAGCAGUCAACCACACCAUCCUGGCACUGGCCCGGCAAGGAGCCAACGAGAUCAAGACAGAAGCUCUGGACGACGACUGAUGCCAAGAAAGGGGAGGGUCAAAGCAAGAAGUAACUUAGUUUUAGACGUAGCACCUUAGCAGACUUUCCUCGGUCCUUAAUAUGUGUUCUUACAGUAUAACUUUGCAGUUUCUUGUACGUCAGUUAGCUGUUAGGGUCUUGUUCUGUGAAGAUGGCAUGGUGCCCUCAGCCUUUGCAUAUACUCUCUCAGUAUUAAUUCCCAAUAAAUAAUCAAUCAACCAACCAACCUCCCUCUCCCGGCCCCCAGUGGCUAGAAAGGUAAAAUC